GUUGACGAACCCUCCCAUCUCUUUCUCUCUAAAACCCUCACUGCCUAGCCUGCUUACUCUCAUGGAUUUGUGAAUCCGCUAUCCAGUCAGUCCACUAAACUACAAAAAGAUAAAAGUGAAGUUACUGCUACUCCAAGAGGAAGCGGGAAGCUGGUGUGCCCAGAGAAGACCAACACACCCAUUGGAAGAACAAGAAAACUCCACAUUGUACAGUGAAUCUGACAUGCUAACCAGAGGACAUGGAGUAUAUGUAAUAUAUCUAAUAUCCUGCAGUAAAAUGCCAUUGCGACUUGAACAACAGUGAUUGGAAUUGGAAGAUGUCUCUUGGGUCGUCCUACAAAGACGAGAUGUUCACUGGUAACUCCACUUUGCCAUACCUCUCCAACUUCAGCCUGCCAGACAAGGCGGGGACAAGCAAACCUGAAGCAUGUGAGCAACUCCACAUCGCUGUGGAGGUCUUUCUGACUUUGGGGAUCAUCUCCUUGUUAGAGAACAUCGUGGUUAUCACAGCCAUAGUAAAGAACAAAAACCUUCAUUCACCCAUGUACUUUUUCAUCUGCAGUUUGGCGGUCGCUGACAUGUUGGUGAGUUUGUCCAAUGCCUGGGAAACUGUCGUCAUUUACCUGCUCAACAACAGACAGCUGGUGGUGGAGGAGAACUUCAUCCGCCACAUGGACAACAUUUUUGAUUCCAUGAUUUGCAUCUCUGUGGUUGCAUCAAUGUGGAGUCUGGUGGCCAUCGCUGUGGACAGGUAUAUUACUAUUUUCUAUGCACUGAGAUACUACAACAUCAUGACAGUGAGGCGAGCCAGCUGCAUUAUUGGGGGAAUCUGGACCUUCUGCACAGGCUGUGGGAUUAUCUUUAUCAUCUACUCCGACACCACUUCUGUCAUCAUCUGUCUGGUGGCCAUGUUCUUCACCAUGCUGCUCAUAAUGGCAUCCCUUUACAGCCACAUGUUCAUGCUGGCCCGUUCGCAUGUCAAGCGCAUUGCUGCCCUGUCAGGUUGCAACCCCAUCCAUCAGCAGACCAGCAUGAAGGGCGCCAUCACACUGACAAUUCUCCUAGGGAUCUUCAUCGUCUGCUGGGCUCCCUUCUUCCUCCAUCUCAUCCUUAUGAUAUCCUGUCCACGGAACCUCUACUGUGGGUGCUUCAUGUCCCACUUUAACAUGUACCUAAUCCUCAUCAUGUGCAAUUCUGUCAUUGACCCGUUAAUCUAUGCCUUUAGGAGUCAGGAAAUGCGGAAAACCUUUAAGGAGAUGUUUUUUUUUUUUUUUCACCAAAGGAAUUGCUAUCCUAGCGUCUGUGCUCUGACUGGUCUUGUUUGCUGUCUGGUUUUGGUGUUCCCAUUCAGCUGACUUGUUGUGAAUGGGCACAUCAUCCUGUGCCCACCCGAUUACAG